AUGGAUGAUGCUAUUAGCGAGCAUAGUGCUCCAGGUGUCUUCAUCGAACAGAAAGUCUCUCGAAAGGAAAGAAAAAAGCAGGAAAAAGCUGCGAAGUACGCAGAGGAGCUUUGGCAAUGCAGUGAACGUGCUAAGAAUGUCAAUAAGGAGGGUGAUAAUCCUUUUUCGGUCACCUUUGAAGUUUCUCAAAGCGCAGAAGGUUCACGUAAUAUUACGUUCAACAAAGUCUCAGUUUCCGUCAACGGUAAGACACUCUUUAUGGACGCAACGGUGCACCUUUCGGCUGGCUCUCGCUAUGGACUAAUGGGCCCGAAUGGUCGAGGCAAAUCUACCAUCCUUCGGCUGCUGUCCACACGGGAGCUCCCUGUACAGUCCAACCUAGAUCUGCUUUUGGUGGAACAAGAACAAGAGUUCCACGCUACCGAGGUUAGUGCCGUACAAGCUGUCCUCAACAGCCACAAGAAGCAAGCGGAGUACAUGCAAGAGGCCAAAGAAUUGGGCCUUAAAGAAAAUCUCAAUCAACAAGAUAUGGAUCGGCUCAAUUUCUUGGAGGAAGAACUGGACAUCAUGGGCGCUGCCCAAGCCGACGCUAAGGCCCGUCGUAUCCUAUUUGGGCUGGGAUUUCCUACUGAAUGGCACGAGCGACCGACAAAGAGCUUUAGCGGUGGGUGGCGCAAAAGAAUUGCACUGGCUUCGGCGGUAUUUAUCGAACCGGACGUGUUGAUGCUAGAUGAACCCACGAAUCACUUAGAUUUAAAUGCAGUUAUCUGGCUUGAAUCUUACCUUGCGAUGGCGUACAAUGAAAACGCGAAACGACCAAAAAUUUUGGUUGUCGUAUCCCAUGAUGCAGGCUUCUUGGAUGAAGUGUGCACGCAUAUGGUGCAUGUUGAGAGCCACAAACUGAACUAUUAUAAAGGUGGAUUCCAUAGUUUUCAGCAGCAACUAACGCAACGUCAUCACGAAUUGGAUAAAAAGUUCGAAACCAUCUCCAAGACCAUAAAAGACAAAAAACGUAACGGGAUGUCGAAGGCUCAGAUAGAGGAGUGGCUUAAGGAGAAGGUUAACAAUGGCCAAUUGGAUCCACUCUUUCUAGAAAAGAGGCGCGACUACAUCGUGAGUUUCCCAUUCACCGUUCCGCCUGAGCUCCCAGAUGCGUGUGUGUGCAAGCUUGAUGAUGUAUCGUUCAACUACCCGGGUAGUCCUGUUCUUUUUGAAGGAGUUAACUGUGCGUUGUGGACCACCAGCCGCAUUACCCUCUGCGGGCCCAACGGUAUUGGUAAGAGUACAUUACUGAAUCUGAUGACGGGUCUUCUUAAACCUACACAGGGCACCAUCACCAUAAACCGUCAUGUGCGUAUCGCUCGGUAUAACCAACACUUUGUGGACAAACUGCCCCUCGAAAAAACGCCAGUGGAAUUCAUCCAGACCCUGGGCAUCUCUGCGGAGGACAAGGCGCGACGUCUGCUAGGAAGCUUUGGCCUGGAAGGGAUUGUUCAUUGCAAUCAAAUUGCCACUCUCAGCGGGGGUCAGAAGGCGCGCGUUGCAUUUGCCUCCAUUAGUGCUGAGGCCCCGCACUUUAUUUUGCUGGACGAACCAACCAACCAUCUGGAUGUCGAGUCUAUUGAAGCUCUGUGUGAAGCGAUUCGUGUUUUUAGGGGUGGUGUGCUUGUUGUCACUCACGAUGCACGCCUAAUUGAGUCGACGGAUAUGCAAUUGUGGGUGGCCGGGAACAAGACCGUUUCUCCGUUUAAUGGAGACUUGAACAGCUACAAAGAAUUGGUACGGUCCGAGUUUGAGAAAGAGGAAGCACAAAGACUAGAGGAGCAAAAGCAGGCACUCAAAGACAAGGAGUUGUCUAAACAACUGAAGCAGGCUGGCGUGAAGGAUGUCGCGGGGGCUAAAGAGACGCUUAUUGCAAAGGAACAGGAGGUAACACGGUCUGAAUUGGCUAAUUUUUUUAAAAAGAAGGAGAAGCAGAAGAAAUUAAAGACUACCAAAGGUGGACCUAAAUAA